AUGUGUUUUAAUGAAAUCCUUACUAUACAGACAAAAACUAAGUGGAAACCAUAUUCAUGUCAAUAUAUUGUAUUCUUCUUUCAAUCAAUACAAUCAAAACAAUGCAUUGCUUGUUCAAUAAUUAAACUAUUUCAAAUUAAUAAAGUGAUUAUCUUGCGUACCAUUAUUAUUGUUACUACUACUACUACUACUACUACUACUACUACUACUACUACUACUACUACUACUACUACUACUACUACUACUACUACUACUACUACUACUACUACUACUACUACUACUACUACUACUACUACUACUACUACUACUACUACUACUACUACUACUACUACUACUACUACUACUACUACUACUACUACUACUACUACUACUACUACUACUACUACUACUACUACUACUACUACUACUACUACUACUACUACUACUACUACUACUACUACUACUACCACAUGA